UGUGUACAGCAUUACUGAGUCACUGGGUUACACUAUUAUACUUGCUGUGAGUUUCUGUCCAGGACGUUUCUUCUGUUACUGAUCCAGGUCACCCCAAUAUAUCACCCACAGAAGGAGAGAACCCUAAUAUAUCACCCACAGGAGGACGUUGCCCUAAUAUAUCAACCACAGGAGGACGUCACCCUAAUAUAUCAUCCACAGGAGGAGAGAACCCUAAUAUAUCACCCACAGGAGGACGUCGCCCUAAUAUAUUACUCACAGGAGGAUGUUCUCCCUCUUACUGCUUAUUCUGGGGGUGUCAGGCGUCUGCUCUGACAGUCACACUCUGCGGUAUUAUAACACGGCGGUCUCAGGGAAAGGGUCGGGGCUGCCGGAGUACUCUGAAGUUGGAUAUGUGGAUGAUCAGCAGAUUGUACAUUAUAACAGCGACUCUCAUCUCCAACGUCCUGUGGCUCCAUGGAUGAAUAAUGAGGGAGCGGAGUACUGGGAGAGAGAGACACAGAGGAAUAAAGGCAAUGAGCCUGUAUUCAGACACAAUGUGAGGACAGCGAUGAGCCGCUUCAACCAGACUGGAGGUCUCCAUUCCUACCAGUGGAUGUACGGCUGUGAGCUGAGAGAUGACGGCAGCACCGCGGGGUAUAUGCAGGAUGGAUAUGACGGGAGAGAUUUCAUGUCCCUGGACACAGAGAGAGGAAUCUAUAUCCCCACCAUGCACGAGGCUCAGAUCACUACACAGAGAUGGAACAGCCCAGAUGUACGAGUGGGGGAGAGAUACAGGAUUUAUCUGCAGAAUGAAUGUAUAGAGUGGCUGAAGACAUACAUCACCUAUGGGAGAGAGGAUCUGGAGAGGAGAGUUCGCCCACAGGUGAAGGUCACAGGUCACCGGUCAGGCGAGGUCACAAAGCUUCACUGUCAGGUGUACGGGUUUCACCCCCGAGCUGUGGAUGUGAAGUGGAUGAGGAAUGGGAGAGACGAGGUUCCCUCAGAUGAAGCUAAGAAGAUCCUCCCCCAUCCUGACGGCACCUAUCAGACCAGAGUCUCCGUGGAAGUCUUUCUCAGGGAUGAGGACACUUACUCCUGUUAUGUGGAUCACAGCAGCCUGGAGGAGCCACUGACUGUCCUGUGGAAUCCUAAUGAGAACCGGACAUCAUACAUUGGGAUUAUUUGUGGUGUUGUUGCUGUUCUUCUAGUGCUGGUCAUUGCUGUUACUGGGAUCAUUCUAUACAAGAGACGCUCAGGGAAGAGUCCUGGUAACACUUAUGUACCUACCCCCAACAAAGAAGACGGCUCCUCUGACUCAUCCGCCAUCUGAGUCAUAAGGAACCACUGAGGAGCAUCACACCGGAAGAUAACGAGUCGCCCUGUCCUGUCUACUUGUGUUAUCACCUGUGAUUAUUCCUUGGUUGCUGAGCGUAUAGUGUGAUGAGAUUGCUGUGCUAUAUAUUGCUGAGCGUAUAGAGUGAUGAGAUUGCUGUGCUAUAUAUUGCUAUAUAUAGGUAAUCAGUGAAGGAUCUGCUGGUUUGGGAAACAUACAUACUCUCUACAGCUAUUGGGGCUUGAAAGUGAACAUACACAAAUGCGCAAUUGCAUAGCACAAAUAUUUCUUAUUUUUUAUUAAUUGACGCCUACUUUGCUACCAAGCAUCUGCAUCAUACCCAAUGUAUUUAGUAUUUACAGUGAAUACUUUGCUUUACCUUUAGAAAUGAUAAAUCUUCCUUAUAAGUUCCAGGCCGCUUUCUAUAGUGAUUAUGUAUUUUAAUUAAAAAUAGCAUUUUAAGUUUCAAAUGCAUUCACCAAAUGACAGGGUGCAAGAACCCUAUAUGUAAAUGAUUAGAUCAGUUUCAUUAAAUGCGAUUUGUAUAGUCAUAUAGGUGGGAAUUUAAUUAUGUCUUAUCGGGGAAUAUGUUUCCAAAAACAGUGAAAUAGUGAAAGCCAAAAACGGACCCGUUUCUCCCAACAACACACAGGUUUCACUGAACCAGUUAGUUUUUUGGAAGAGAAUGUAUUUUUUUUUUUUUUUUUUCGGGUGGCCAAACUGGAUAUCCCGAAAAUAAAUAUUGGGAAAACAUCAGGAUAAAUCGUGAAACAUGGAUGUUUCUUCUCUCAUAAUUGAAUUCCCCCAAUACUGCUUUACAUCUAAGUGAAUUAUUUUAUCUCUUGAAUUUGUGUGAUGUAUUUGACUGCGGAGCUUUCUAAGCUCUCAUGGUGUUUAGAACUAUACAUAUCUUCUAGUGCUCUCAGUCCUACUCUGUGCGAUAUAUACUGUAUGUGACCUUCCACGUGUGGUAACAUUGUAAAACAAGAUCCAAUCACAAAACAGAAGAACAAACUAAAAGCACAACAAUAACAUGUUAGAGUACUUUAGAUAGACCUGUGUCCCCGCCAUUGGAAUGGAUGUACUUAUACAUUAGUGACAGUCGUUAUGUGUAAAUUCCAGGCCCAGUAUCUCCCACCGACACCUGUGUAGCACUUAAAGGGGGAUAUUCAGUUGUUUGAAAAGUCAGUUGGGUGUCUGUGUUUUCCUAUCUAAUAGACAGACGCCCAACCGACUUUUCAAAUAUUUGUAUUCCCCCCAAAACGUCUUGGAUGUCAUUUGUAUUUUGACUGUAUAGAGGAAAACAGAUUGUGUUCUCCCUGUAAUGUUACCGUGUAUUGAAUGGUUGGACAGUAGGUGUGAUAACGAUUGUCAGAAUCUAAGGAACAGCCUAGGUGAGGAGGAGUAAUCAGCCUCCCAGUGACAGCAGCUGCAGAACACAGAGAUCACUGAGCUCGGCACCCAGGGUAUGUGAUGAGGAGGAGUAAUCAGCCUCCCAGUGACAGCAGCUGCAGAACACAGAGAUCACUGAGCUCGGCACCCAGGGUAUGUGAUGAGGAGGAGUAAUCAGCCUCCCAGUGACAGCAGCUGCAGAACACAGAGAUCACUGAGCUCGGCACCCAGGGUAUGUGAUGAGGAGGAGUAAUCAGCCUCCCAGUGACAGCAGCUGCAGAACACAGAGAUCACUGAGCUCGGCACCCAGGGUAUGUGAUGAGGAGGAGUAAUCAGCCUCCCAGUGACAGCAGCUGUAGAACACAGAGAUCACUGAGCUCGGCACCCAGGGUAUGUGAUGAGGAGGAGUAAUCAGCCUCCCAGUGACAGCAGCUGCAGAACACAGAGAUCACUGAGCUCGGCACCCAGGGUAUGUGAUGAGGAGGAGUAAUCAGCCUCCCAGUGACAGCAGCUGCAGAACACAGAGAUCACUGAGCUCGGCACCCAGGGUAUGUGAUGAGGAGGAGUAAUCAGCCUCCCAGUGACAGCAGCUGCAGAACACAGAGAUCACUGAGCUCGGCACCCAGGGUAUGUGAUGAGGAGGAGUAAUCAGCCUCCCAGUGACAGCAGCUGCAGAACACAGAGAUCACUGAGCUCGGCACCUAGGGUAUGUGAUGAGGAGAAGUAAUCAGCCUCCCAGUGACAGCAGCUGCAGAACACAGAGAUCACUGAGCUCGGCACCCAGGGUAUGUGAUGAGGAGGAGUAAUCAGCCUCCCAGUGACAGCAGCUGCAGAACACAGAGAUCACUGAGCUCGGCACCCAGGGUAUGUGAUGAGGAGGAGUAAUCAGCCUCCCAGUGACAGCAGCUGCAGAACACAGAGAUCACUGAGCUCGGCACCCAGGGUAUGUGAUGAGGAGGAGUAAUCAGCCUCCCAGUGACAGCAGCUGCAGAACACAGAGAUCACUGAGCUCGGCACCCAGGGUAUGUGAUGAGGAGGAGUAAUCAGCCUCCCAGUGACAGCAGCUGCAGAACACAGAGAUCACUGAGCUCGGCACCCAGGGUAUGUGAUGAGGAGGAGUAAUCAGCCUCCCAGUGACAGCAGCUGCAGAACACAGAGAUCACUGAGCUCGGCACCCAGGGUAUGUGAUGAGGAGGAGCAAUCAGCCUCCCAGUGACAGCAGCUGCAGAACACAGAGAUCACGGAGCUCGGCACCUAGGGUAUGUGAUGAGGAGGAGUAAUCAGCCUCCCAGUGACAGCAGCUGCAGUACACAGAGAUCACUGAGCUCGGCACCCAGGGUAUGUGAUGAGGAGGAGCAAUCAGCCUCCCAGUGACAGCAGCUGCAGAACACAGAGAUCACUGAGCUCGGCACCCAGGGUAUGUGAUGAGGAGGAGUAAUCAGCCUCCCAGUGACAGCAGCUGCAGAACACAGAGAUCACUGAGCUCGGCACCCAGGGUAUGUGAUGAGGAGGAGUAAUCAGCCUCCCAGUGACAGCAGCUGCAGAACACAGAGAUCACUGAGCUCGGCACCCAGGGUAUGUGAUGAGGAGGAGUAAUCAGCCUCCCAGUGACAGCAGCUGCAGAACACAGAGAUCACUGAGCUCGGCACCUAGGGUAUGCGGAGAAGAGUGCGGUACAGAAGAUCUGCAGUAAUUAGAUAAGCAGUCUUUAGAUCGACCCCAUAUGGUCGACACACAUUAGGUCGCCAGGGUCAAAAGGUCGACAGUUAAAAGAUAGACAUUGGGUAAGGUUGAGAACUACAAAAGGUCAACAGGGUCAAAUGUUCUCGGUUGUAGUCCGCGUGGAUGGUAAAUCAAGCAAAAGUAGAAAAGCUUGUAAAAAAAACUUGUGUUGGCCAUAUGUGUGUUGACCAUCAUCAUGUCAGCCUAUUAAACCUGGCGACCUUAAGCACUGCCUACCUUUUACCUUUUGACCACGUUGACCUAAUGCAUGUCAACCAUAUGGUGUCGACCUAUUGACUGUCAGAUAAAACGUCUGUCAGACCAACAGACAUCAGAUACUGUGACCGUGCACUACUGCGAGAUAUAUCACAGUGUAUGGCCGCGUAUCACAGGAGACCAUUUCCCGUUCCUCCUCAGUGAAGGAGCAGGGGAGAUGUUGGGGGUCAGCGGCGGCAAUGCAUACAGUACACUGCCAGAUGCGGCCGACUCAUUAUCAGAUGUGAAAUCAGCGGAUCGGCCAGUAUGGUGCGUGCACAGCAUCACCUGUUCCGCUGAAUACCUGGGUGUCACCAACAACUGUCACUGAGACACUUGUUUCACAAAGGGUUAAUUACCAACCAUCUCCUUUUUUCUAUCACACAUACAUAUUACCUUCACCACCGACCCCACUAACAUUUUAUAUUAGGGCACAGGCCCUUAUAGCGUUACUGCAGUUCUCCCUCACUACUACUUUACAGUAUAGUUCCACAACUUACUUAGCCAGGCUUUCUAAUAACAUCCGUCCUAUCAGGUCUUGUCAUUCAUGUAAUGGAUACAAUGUAACAGCAGGUGUCUAUGGAAAUAACAGGAAUAAAGGAGACCUGAGGGUAUAUUUACUAAAAGUCGAUAUGGAUUCUAUUUAAAAUCAUCCACGAUAGAACCAACAUCCCCACAAAAUCGAAUACAGUAUUUCUGGGGCAGAUUUAUUAACCUGGAGAAGGCAGGUGAUAGACGCACCAGCCAAUCAGCUCCUAACUGUUAAUUUACAUAUUGGAGCUGAUUGGCUGGUGCCUUUAUCACUUCCUUAUGUCUGCUCCAGGUUAAUACUUCUGCCCCUGUUCCAAAUGGCUCAUUUACUAAAAGUCGAUUUUGAGUUUCAUUUUAAAAUCACUGAGUUCUAUUUGAAGUUCUAAAUCUGGUGAACUCACACAAAACAACUCAAAAUUGACUUUAACAAAUGCAUCUCUAUUGGCCAAAACAUGUCACGUGCUCUGUAUUACCCACAAACACCUUCAUUCCUGAGCUAAUUUGCAUAUCUAAGAUUUUUUAAAUCGUUGUUGUGCCUUUAUAUGCCAUGAUUUAUGCAACCAGAGCGCCCACAUUCUUCUCUACCAUGUCUUAUCCCACCAUACUGAGGUUUCAGACAAUUCCACGUGAUUAUGGGACUCAGGGUCUACAGACAUUAGGUCGACGCCUAUUGGUCGACAGUGACUAGGUCGACACCCGAAAUAGGUCAACGCGACAAUCAGGUCGACAUGGACAAAGGUCAACAUGAGUUUUUUAUGUUUUUUUGGUGUCGUUUUCUCCAUAAAGUGACUGGGAAUCCCAAUUAGUGCACUGUGUCCCCUCGCAUGGUUCGCUUCGCUCACCAUGCUGAGGGCAAGGUGCCUCGCUCCACUACCGCUGCGCUCGGCACAGGUUACCGUUCCCAAUCGUAGUCCACGCAGAUCGAAGACCACAAAUCUAUAAAAAAAGUGAAAAACUCAUGUCAACCUUUUUCCAUGUCGGCCUAAUGGCCGUGUCGACCUAUUUCUGGUGUCUACCUAGUCACUGUCGACCAAUAGGUGUCAACCUAAUGGGUGUUGACCUAAGUGCUGUCGACCUAGAGUUCGGAAACCGUUUAUGGAUAUAAGAGGAAUAACAGAGACCUGUGAUUGGCUGCAUACUGUGAGAUGUGUCAUUGAAUCAUCAAUAAACAUGUUCUAAAUACA